UGCGGUUUAGUCGGCCCGUAGACCUGCCAAAGGUUUUGUCACACGCUCUCGGACUCAAUUCUCGCAAUCGGAUCGGAACAGUCGAAAGUUCAUCAAAAUUCUGACAACGAUGCCUGGCUUUUGGUUAGCGUUCGUUUUCCACUUUGUUUUCUGCCACUGUCAGUACAAAUAUGGGCCAGAGCGCGCCUGGAACCUCCGCUCCGUGGAGGAGCUGAAGAGCAAGGAGUUCUGGUUCCACGACGCCCAGCGCACGCUCUACGAGAAGCUGUCGACGCCACCGAAUCAGUAUGUGGCCAAGAAUGUGAUCAUGUUCCUGGGCGAUGGCAUGUCCGUGCCCACCGUCACCGCCAGCCGCAUCUUUGAUGGCCAACUGAGAGGAGUUGUGGGCGAGCGGAAUCGUUUGGAGUUUGAAAAGUUCAACUUUGUGGGACUCUCAAAGACUUACUGCGCGAACAAGCAAGUCGCCGACUCCGCGUGCACGGCCUCCGCCUAUUUGUCGGGCAUCAAAGCGAAUUAUCUGACCAUCGGCGUCACGCCCGAUGUGCAGCUGAAUGACUGUGCCGGGGCCAGGCUGCCGCAGAAUCGACUCUCCUCGAUUGCCGCCUGGGCGCUGAAGGGUCGCAAGUCUGCGGGCGUGGUGACCACCACGAGGGUAACGCAUGCCAGUCCCGCUGGGGUCUACGCACACACCUCGAAUCGGGACUUUGAGAGCGACUUUGAUGUGAAUUCCUUUGGGGAAAAUGCCAGCAAGUGUCCGGACAUUGCCCAGCAGCUGAUAGAUGGGGAUGUGGGGCAACGCCUGCGGGUGAUCCUGGGCGGCGGCACCUCGAAGUUCCUGCCCAACACACAGAAGGAUGUGUAUGGCAACCCAGGGCAGCGUUUGGAUGGCAGGAACCUCAUCGAGGAGUGGCAGAGGAGCAAGCCAGGCAACGCACGAGUGGUCUUCAAUCGCACGGACCUGCUGGCCAACGAUGCGAGGAGCACGGACUUCCUUUUCGGACUGUUCAAUGCCUCGCACAUGGCCUACCACUUGGACGACAGCAUAGACACUCCCACGCUGUCGGAGAUGACGGAGUCCGCCAUCAACAUCCUUUCCAGGGAUCAUGGUGGAUAUUUUCUGUUUGUUGAGGGCGGUCGCAUCGACCACGCCCAUCAUGAGACCAAGGCCAAGAAGGCACUCGAUGAAACCGUCCAAUUCUCGAAUGCCAUUAAGAAGGCUCGUCUCCUGACGAAUCCUUGGGACACUUUGAUUGUCGUCACGGCCGACCACGGGCACACGGUGACGAUCAGCGGCUAUCCGGAUGUGAACAACAGCAUUGCCGGCCUGAACUCCGAGCUAAGCGAUGUGGACUCCAAGCCUUAUGCCACACUCUCCUACGCCAACGGUCCGGACUAUCAAAAGUUCUAUCAAUCGAAGGAUGGCGUGGUGGAACGCGUUAAUCUCACAACGUCGGACAUUGGGGACAAGGAUGCGCGUUAUCCCCACGGUGUGCCCAUGACGGAGGAGACCCAUGGUGGCGGCGACGUGGCCGUGUAUGCUCACGGUCCUUGGGCGCAUUUGUUUACCGGCGUUUAUGAACAAAAUACCAUCCCCUUUAUGAUGGGAUAUGCAUCUUGCCUUGGGCCUGGAAUUACAUACUGUGAUCUCCAGCCCAAAGUGUCUUACAAUCCAUAAUUUAUGGUUAAAAUAUGUUAAUUUAAUUUAAUAAAUGUUCGCUGUUUUAA